GGCGACAUUAAUUGAGGGUUCGCAUAUUGGUACGAAAGUAUAGGUUGUGCGCGAGAAACAGUGAUGUAAAGAUAAGCUGUUUAUUGGAAAUCAAAAGAGAGAAAGAAAAUUGGCGAGCUCGAUGUCGCAGGCGUUCGAGGAUUAUCGAAAAUGGCAAAAGCAAAAUUGGAAGUUUCUCACACAAAGUCAAAAGCUCCGAGACAGAAAAACACAGUGCUAAAAGGAUUCAAAUCAUCAAAUCGUCCGUCAUUUCAUCCCACCACCAUCAAAACCUCCUCAGGUUCAAAACUGUAUAUUACUAAUUUCUUCAUCAGAGAGCCUCGUAUUUGAAAUUCCCAGAAUUAUAUAUCUAAUUAAAUAAUGUGCACCAGCAUUAUUUUUAUCUCCCUCGUAUAUAUAAUGUGAGCCCUAGAAGGUUGUGCUGGGUUUAGUAGUUUUCUGCUUGUAUCUACGUGUUGUGUUUGAGUGUGUGUGAAUAUAUGUGUUUGUGUGCGUGUGUGUGUGUGAGAGAGAGAGAGAGAGAGAGAGAGAGUUAAGACCACAGAAUCCCAAUGUUAGUGUCUGAACCUUUUGCGCCUCUAUCUUGUUGGAUCAUCUUAACGCAGACCAGCGUCCAUCAUCAAUCAAAUUAAUAUAAUGAUUGGGGGUGUUACAUGUUGGUAUAGAUAGAGAGGUAAAGUGAAUCAAGAAGAGGAAGCAUCGAUGGCGGCAAAAGCAUUUGGUUUAGUGGGUGAGGGUGAGAGCUGCGGCGGCGAAGAGGUGGGCCUAAUGAGCGUUCAAGGGCAAGGUGGCAGCAAGUUGGUGCGGAAGAGGGCGGCGUCGGAGAUGGAGUUCCACGGCGGCGGUAGGUUAAUUUCUCGGCGGACAGGGAGUAGUGAUUAUUCGUCAGCGGUCAAUGUUGGUCCUAAUCCAAUACCCAACUACUCCACUAGCACGAGUAUGACGAUGGUGGCGCCAUCGUCGGCAUCGGCGAAUAUAUUAAGCAAUUUCAUAGAUUGUCAAGAAAGCGAACCCUCCGUGUGUGUCUUCUCCGGUUUGCCGCUAUUCCCUCCCGACAGAAACAAGCAGUCUCCGAUGGAGGACACGGCGGCAUCGGCAUGGAUCGACGGCAUCAUAAGAGAUCUCAUCCACUCCUCCAACCACGUCUCCAUCCCUCAGCUCAUCCUCAACGUCAGAGAGAUCAUCCACCCUUGCAACCCCAACCUCGCCGCGCUUCUCGAGCAGAGGCUCCGCUCUCUCGACGACACCCACACCCACAGCCACAGGAGGAGAAAGGGAUCAUCGCUCAACACCACCAACAACAACAACAACUUGUUGCUCUCCCAUUCCCAGGGGUUUAGUGCCGACCCAUUGAAUGACUUAUUCCUCCUUCACAACACUACCACCACCUCCUUUGUGGAGCAUGCUCCUCCGCCGGAGACCACCACCCAGCCACAAGAGCAGCAGCAGCAGCAGAAGAGCCCCUCCACUUCCCCAUCAACCACCUUGGAAAGCAUAAGGGAGAGGAAGCAGGAGAUGCGUCAGCAGCAGAAAGAUGAGCAAGGCCUCCACCUCCUCACCCUAUUACUGCAAUGUGCGGAGGCAGUAUCAGGCGACAAUCUGGAGGAGGCUAACAGGAUGCUGCUCGAAAUCUCCCAAGUGGCCACCCCGUUUGGGACUUCCGCCCAGCGCGUGGCGGCCUACUUCUCGGAGGCAAUGUCUGCUAGAAUAGUGAGCUCCUGUUUGGGAAUAUAUGCAGCGCUGCCGACGGUCCCACACGGGCAGAAGCUGGCGUCGGCGUUCCAAGUGUUCAAUGGGAUCAGCCCCUUCGUGAAGUUCUCGCAUUUCACAGCCAACCAGGCCAUUCAAGAAGCUUUCGAGAGGGAAGAUAGAGUGCACAUAAUAGACCUGGACAUAAUGCAGGGCCUGCAGUGGCCGGGUCUCUUCCACAUACUCGCCUCCAGGCCCGGUGGACCUCCCUUUGUCCGCCUCACUGGCUUGGGCAAUUCCACCGAGGCCCUCCAAGCCACUGGCAAGCGCCUCUCUGAUUUUGCCGACAAAUUGGGACUGCCCUUCGAGUUUUGCCCCUUCGCUGACAAAGUGGGUAACCUCAACCCUGAGAAGCUGAAUAUCAGCAAGAGGGAGGCUGUUGCUGUUCACUGGCUGCAGCAUUCGCUCUACGAUGUCACUGGUUCUGACGCCAAUACUCUCGGCCUCUUGCAGAGAUUAUCUCCCAAGGUGGUUACGGUGGUGGAGCAAGACCUGAGUCAUGCGGGGUCGUUUCUGGGGAGGUUCGUGGAAGCAAUCCACUAUUACUCGGCACUGUUUGAUUCGCUGGGAGCUUGUUAUGGGGAAGAAAGUGAGGAACGGCAUGUAGUGGAGCAACAGUUAUUGUCGAGGGAGAUAAGGAAUGUGUUGAGCGUGGGCGGUCCAUCAAGGAGCGGCGAGGUGAAGUUCAACAACUGGAGGGAGAAGCUUGAGCAGUCUGGAUUCAAGGGUAUAUCUCUGGCAGGCAAUGCCGCCGCCCAAGCUACACUCCUGCUAGGGAUGUUCCCUUCUGAUGGUUACACUUUGGUGGAGGACAACGGCGCCCUCAAACUCGGCUGGAAGGAUCUCUGCUUGCUCACUGCUUCUGCGUGGCGCCCCUCUCCUCUCCUCAUUGAAUAACUAUAACUACCUGCGUUUUCUUUUCAUUUCCCUUCAAACCCAUCUCAGUUAUAAUGUCAUGUCACUACUCUUCGUUUUACUUGUUUUUUUUCGGGAACAUUAUACAUUUACCAUUUACCUUCCCUCUCUAUACAUCAUAACAUAUUUGCAAACAA